UCCUCUAUCAUCAGUACCCACGGUAAAUGCUUAGAGAACCGCACCCUUGAGACGUUCAGGCUCGCAGCGUCUUAAUUUACUGAGUGGAGAUAAUCCGCUCCGCAAAUGCCUAUCCUGCUCCACUGUCAGCCAGACCACAUCGCCAAGCAUGCCCACCGUGAAAAGAGCCAAAACUUCGGGAUUCGCAAAACGGACACCCUGCGUCUUAAUCAUACAUCUCGUGCCUGCGUAUACGCAUGCUCGAUCUGAAACUCUUGCCACGUUUUGGCGAAGUCCGACGCCUCGGGGACAGCCCAAUUCCCGGCCGCGCAAGUGCCGCGCAAGGCCGAAUCCGCUUUCGCGGUGCAGAUCCUCCAGAUUUGAGCCCUGUUGGGAGUGCCCGUCCGGGGUAAAUUUGGGUGACUCCGUGGUGAUGUGGCAUGGAGGCGGGAAAUAUUCUUUUGGUGUUGAUGCUCAUAGACAGGUUUGGAGCGGCCCAAAAUAGGCGCCGGGUGGGUCCAUGUUGGGCUGAUGCAGAGCACAUCAUGCACCUGGGUGGAUAUCGCUGGGCUGCAACGGAGCCUCAUCCCGUCUUUUUGGAACCCAAUCGUU